AAUUACUCUCGGCGCAUCGCCACCCUCCUAACCGAGGUUUCAACUCCGGUGGAACUUGGCACCUGACGCAGGGCUGCAUCGCUUUGAUCUCCGGCAGAGGGAGGACUGGAUUCGAUCGAUGGCAUUUGGAUUGGAUGGGUCGUCGUCGUCCAGCUUGCACACCACUGUGGUGCUCGUCGGGGCGGCGUUCGUGCUCCCCGCCCUCCUCGUCUCGCUCUGGCUCAUCCUGCAGCACCUCAGAUCGUACAGCAACCCAGCGGAGCAGAAGUGGAUCAUCGCUGUCCUGUUUAUGGUGCCUGUGUAUGCCUCUGAAUCUAUAAUUUCGCUGUGGCAUUCAGAAUUCUCCUUGGCCUGUGAUAUACUGCGGAAUUGCUAUGAAGCAUUUGCACUGUAUGCCUUCGGACGUUACUUGGUUGCUUGCCUGGGUGGAGAAUGGCAAGUGUUUAGCUUGCUUGAGACCAAAAAAAGGGAAGAGCUAAGUGAGCAGUUACUCGAGAGUCAAGAUAAGGCACAGGUUCAUAACCGAAGUAGAGCCCGCAACUUCUUUUGUGAUCCUAAUGCUCUUGGAGAGAACUUAUACACAAUUAUAAAAUUUGGUCUUGUGCAAUAUAUGAUUCUCAAGUCAUUGUGCGCUUUUUUGUCAUUCAUCUUGGAGCUUUUUGGAGCAUAUGGAGAUGGUGAAUUCAAGUGGUACUAUGGAUACCCCUACAUUGCUGUUGUCAUAAAUUUCAGUCAGACAUGGGCACUGUAUUGUCUGGUGAAAUUUUACAAUGCAACACAUGAAAAGCUACAGGAAAUAAGGCCACUAGCCAAGUUCAUAAGCUUCAAGGCCAUCGUAUUCGCCACUUGGUGGCAAGGAGUGGGUAUUGCAAUCAUCUGCCAUAUUGGGAUCCUCCCAAAGGAAGGCAAAGUUCAGAAUGCAAUACAGGACUUCCUCAUUUGCAUUGAGAUGGCUAUCGCGGCUGUCGCGCAUGCUUUUGUUUUCAGUGUGGAGCCAUACCAUCACACCCCAUUGCCAGAGCAUGAGGAGAUCACCUGUGAAGAAAGUAAACUAGAGGUGAAGGUAGAUUCCACCAAUGACAACAAUGGCACACCCACCACCAUUGAGGAGAAAGAGACCCAUGUCGAAGCCCCAGGGACGAGCAUCAAAGAGAGCGUGCAGGAUGUCGUUAUUGGUGGUGGCCACCAUGUUGUCAAGGAUGUGGCCCUGACAAUCUCACAGGCGAUCGGGCCUGUGGAGAAAGGCGUAGGGAAGAUUCAGGACACAUUCCAUCAUAUCUCACUGAAGCCCAAGGGUAAGAAAGAACCUGAGGUCAAGGUGGAGGAGCACAUCACCGAAAACACCGUGGAUGAUGAACCUGUCACGGUUGAUGCAGAGGUUGAAGUUGAGAAAACGGCACAAGAUAACAGCAGGGAAGGCGAGUCUUUGGUGGUUAAUGCAGAGGCUCCAAUUGAAAGAACAGAGAAUGAAAGUAGGAAGUAAAAUCCUUCAUCUAUUAGUCCUAAGGCAUCAGGUGUGGCUCAUAAAUUUGAUGGCAUCUGGAGAAGAGGAAUAUCUAAUUUUCUGUACAUAGUUUAUGUACUCUUCCAACU